AUGCUCAAGACAGCUGCCAUGAUCAUUGUGCACAUGCAUGAAGACACUGAGGAUCCCAUAUUUUUGCCUCUGGUGAAAUAUUCAGACCUUGAGGCAUUUUUUGCCAACAUGGUCAUGCUGCUGGUCAACAGCCCCCAAUCUGCCCUUGUCUGCAAUUUGCCAGUGAACAACCCCACCUCCACUCAGCUACAGGCUGACUCUGGCACUCCUACUAAUUUCCCCCUUUCUCUUCCGCCUUUCCCUAGUGAGUUCUUGCACACCACCCAUCAGACCAAUAUUUCGGACACCUCUUGGGUUGGAUCACCAGAAAAGUGGGUCCACCUUUUUGCUGAGGACCAGCAAGCGGAACUGGCCACAUUAUCUGUGCCAGUGGAAGAAGAAGAGGAAGAGGACAAGGAGGAGAAGGAGUUUAAGGCAACGUUGUCAGGAUUUUUGAUGUCCCUAGCCAGCAUGGACAGCCCUUUGGUGAAGGCAGAGAAGGGCAAGGCCAAAGCCAAGGAGAUGACACCAUCAAAAUUGGACACAUGGGAGGUGACAAAGGAGGACUCAAGAAAUGUGGGUUGGAUGAUGGAAGAGACACUGGCAAUGCUGUUGCUGGUGACAAUGGAUGAGGUGGUGGUGGAAUCUUUUUCGGCAGAGAACUGCAUAAUGUUUGCUGUGCCGCAAGCACACCAUCUUCAAAGAUGGUGUGGCAUGCCAUUGUGGAGCAGGCCAGGAAGCACAUGGCCCAAAAAAGUGGUGGCACUGCCUCCAGUGCCUGCAGAACAGAAGCUGUUCUGCUUGGAGACCCCCAAGCCCACUGAGAAGCCUGCAGCCAUGCCUGCCAACAAGAAAAAGUGGAAGCUGAUGCACACAUAUGUGCCAGCAAAGGCCAAUAAGUGCAAGAGGGAGGAGAAGGAUGAGGGGGAGGCUGGGACCUCGCAAAAGCAGUCUUGCCUUCCAGAGGCAGAAAUUGAGCUACCAGUUGUGCUGCUCUGUAUGGCAGAGCAUAAGAUGCUCAAAAUGUGGAAGAGCCUGCAAGUGGCUCAGAAAGCGGUCACAGAGGUGACAGCCUGGGCAGAUCAGAUUCAGACUCUCCUGGGGAGGGAUCUGACAGAAUAA